UUUUCAAUAUAUCCGGCCGAGAAAAUGGGCCGAGUUAUUCGAUCCCAAAGAAAGGGCCCAGGGUCAGUCUUUAAGGCCCAUACUAAAAACCGAAAGGGAAAAGCAUCCCAUGAAAGGCAUGGUUAUAUUAAAGGUGUUAUUCGUGACAUUGUGCAUGAUCCAGGCCGUGGAGCACCUCUAGCUAAAGUUCAAUUUCGUGAUCCUUAUAAAUAUCGAAUGAUCACUGAGACUUUUAUUGCUGCAGAAGGAAUGCAUACUGGCCAAUUCAUUUAUUGUGGGAAAAAAGCUUCUUUGCAGAUUGGGAACAUUCUACCUGUUGGAAUGAUGCCUGAAGGUACCAUUGUUUGCUGUUUGGAAGAAAAAUCAGGUGAUCGUGGUAAACUUGCUCGUACAUCUGGCAACUAUGCUACAGUUAUCUCCCACAACCCUGAGACAAAAAAGACUAGAGUAAAGCUGCCUUCUGGAUCCAAGAAGGUUGUGUUUUCAGCCAACAGAGCCAUGAUAGGUAUUGUGGCUGGUGGUGGUAGAAUUGACAAGCCAAUCCUGAAGGCUGGUCGAGCCUAUCACAAGUACAAGGCUAAGAGAAACUGCUGGCCUAAAGUCAGGGGUGUUGCUAUGAAUCCUGUAGAGCACCCUCAUGGUGGUGGUAACCAUCAGCACAUUGGUAAAGCAUCAACUGUUAGACGUGAUGCCUCAGCUGGUAAAAAGGUUGGUCUUAUUGCUGCACGUCGUACUGGCAAGUUGAGAGGUACCAAGCAAAUAGCCAAAGACAAGGAGUAAUGUCAUGUUUGGAUUAAUAAAAUUUUGCGCUUCAUUA